AAGUGGAGCUCGGUGCCCCGGUGUUGCAUGAGAUCUGCCUCUCCGGACUGCGCUCUUGGAAAAGGCAUCUCUCCCGUUUCUGGUCACAUAGCUGCCUCUCGCCCUGAUGGUCACUUGGAGUUCUCACAUCCUUCCUUUGCAUUCGGGGACCCCAGGAACCACCCUGAAGCCGUAGCUCCUGGAACUGGGUCCCAAGGUCACACAGCUGCCACGAUGCAGAAGCAGAGGCACACCUGGAAGAAUUAGAAGUCUGGCUCUGGAGCCCAUGCUGACUCCUCACUAUCCUGGGCUGCUUUUCCAGAACAUGGUCUCAGUACUGAUGCCCAAGAGUUGUGAAUUACAUGCAGAGGGUCACUUGGGCCAGGGAUGUGGCUUUGGUGUAGGUGGUUCAUUGGCAGGAGAUUAGAGUGUUGCCUGAGACGGUUUCCAAAUGGAUAUGAAAUUCUCAGAUAUAGCAUACUUCAGAGUAUGGUACCCUCAUCUGGCUGGUUUGAGUAAUUGCCAGUGCCCUCUGGAGCCAGGAGACCUGGAUUCAAAUCAUGCCUCUACCACUUCCUGGCCAUGUGGCCUGGGACAAGUUCUUCAAACUUCCUGUCGCCUCCGUUUCUUCACCCAUAUGAUGGAGAUACGAAUACUUACUAUCUUACUGAGUGUGACAGGGGGACGAAAUGAUUUAACGAUGCUCCUGGUACUUGGGAAAUGCUAUAGAGAAAUUUUCUGAUAUUAGGAAGCCCCUGUUCUAUUGCAAUCUAGAGCCCCAGAUAGAAGCACUGAAAACAUCUUUAAAAAAAAAAAGAAAAACCAAACAACAAAAAUAACCAGGUUCGCCAGUAACCUCCUUCUGCCAAGCCAAAGGGAGAUUGCCCAGUAAAUAAAUCCCCAGUGAGAAGAAGAUUAGCAACAAAGAGGACAUGGUAAUAUUUACUGAGCUCCUAUGUUGUGCCUGACUCUGAGCUAUGCAACUGACCACCCUGCACCACCCUACCCUACCCCCAGCCCUCUGCUUCAUUUUCUCCAUAGCACCUCUUGCCAUCUGACUCAUUCCACUAAAGCCUGUAUUUAUGUAGGUGUUGUCUCUAUCCCCCAUGAGAGCAGGAAUCUUGCUGUCUUGUCACUGCUGUUGGACUGCACUAAGCCUUUUUGGAAUGACAUUUCCUCAUCCAGCCCUCGUGACAGCCCUAUGAGCCAAGUACUGAGAUUUGGAUUGUUCCCAUUCUACAGAUGAGGAAACUGAGACACGGAGAACGACUUUCUCACAGGCGUGUUCCCUGCUAGCCCCCUCAGCUGGCUUUUCCUCUUCAGUGCAAUUCAACUUGCCUGCUUCCUCCAGCUAGAUCCUUCCUUAGGACUGAUGGAGAAGAUCAAAGAGUCUCUGCCAGACUGGGGUGGACAGCAUCACAGGCUGCGGGGGGUCCUGGCGGCCGCGCUGUUUGCGUCCUGUCUGUGGGGAACUCUGAUCUUCACCCUUCAUGUGGCCCUGAGGCUACUUCUGUCCUACCACGGCUGGCUCCUCGAACCCCACGGAGCCAUGUCCUCGCCCACCAAGACCUGGCUGGCCCUGGUGCGCAUCUUCUCCGGCCGCCAUCCAAUGCUCUUCAGUUACCAGCGCUCUCUGCCGCGCCAGCCUGUGCCCUCCGUCCAGGACACCGUGCGCAAGUAUCUGGAGUCUGUCCGACCCGUCCUCUCCGACAAGGACUUCGACUGGACCUCGGGCGUAGCGCAGGAAUUCCUGAAGCUGCAGGCCUCACUGCUGCAGUGGUACUUGCAGCUCAAGUCCUGGUGGGCGUCCAAUUACGUCAGUGACUGGUGGGAAGAAUUUGUAUACCUGCGAUCCAGGAACUCACUGAUGGUGAACAGCAACUAUUACCUGAUGGACUUCCUGUACGUCACGCCCACUCCUGUGCAGGCAGCGCGUGCGGGCAACGCAGUCCAUGCCCUCCUUCUGUACCGCCACCGCCUGGACCGCCAGGAGAUCCUGCCAACUUUGCUGAUGGGAAUGCGACCCUUGUGCUCCGCCCAGUAUGAGAAGAUAUUCAACACCACGCGAAUUCCCGGGGUCCACAGAGAUCACAUUCGCCACCUCCGUGACAGCCGACACGUGGCCGUCUUCCACCGGGGCCGGUUCUUCCGCGUGGGGACUCACUCACAAAGCCGCCUGCUUUCCCCGCGGGCCCUGGAGCAGCAGUUUCAACGAAUCCUGGACGACCCCUCUCCCGCCUGCCCCCACGAGGAGCAUCUGGCGGCCUUGACCGCUGCUCCGAGGGACACGUGGGCCCAGGUGCGGAGGUCUCUGAAGACGCAGGCCCAAGAGGCCCUGGAAGCCGUCGAAGGGGCCGCUUUCUUCGUAUCACUGGACUCUGAGCCCGCGGGGCUCACCAGGGAGGACCCCGCGGCUUCCUUAGAUGCCUACGCACACGCCCUGCUGGCCGGCCGGGGCCACGACCGCUGGUUUGACAAAUCUUUCUCCCUAAUCGUCUUCUCCAAUGGGAAGCUGGGCCUCAGCGUGGAGCACUCGUGGGCUGACUGCCCCAUCUCAGGACACAUGUGGGAGUUCACUCUGGCCACAGAAUGCUUUCAGCUGGGCUACUCAGCAGACGGUCACUGCAAGGGGCACCCUGACCCCUCGCUGCCCCAGCCCCAGAGGCUGCACUGGGACCUUCCAGACAAGAUCCAUCUAUCCAUCUCUCUAGCCCUGAGGGCAGCCAAGACCUUGUCUGGAAACAUCGAAUGCCACGUCUUCCCCUUCUCCCGCUUUGGCAAGAGUUUCAUCAAACGCUGCCAUCUCUCUUCAGACAGCUUCAUCCAGACCACCUUGCAGCUGGCCCACUUCCGGGACCGGGGUCAAUUCUGCCUGACUUAUGAAUCCACCAUGACUCGCUUGUUCCUGGAAGGCCGCACAGAGACGGUGCGUUCUUGCACAAGGGAGGCCUGCAACUUUGUGAGAGCCAUGGAGGACAAAGAGAAGACAGACGCACAGUGCCUCGCCCUGUUUCGCCUGGCGGUGGAUAAGCACCAAGCUCUGCUGAAGGCAGCGAUGAGUGGACAGGGGGUCGAUCGCCACCUCUUUGCUCUCUAUGUCGUGUCGCAGUUCCUCCACCUGCAGUCUCCAUUCCUGGACCAGGUUCACUCGGAGCAGUGGCAGCUGGUCACCAGCCAGAUUCCUGUUCAGCAAAUUCACCUGUUCGACGUUCACAAUUACCCCGACUAUGUCUCCUCUGGUGGUGGAUUCGGGCCUGCCGAUGACCAUGGUUACGGUGUGUCCUACAUGUUCAUGGGCGAUGACGUGAUCACCUUCCACAUCUCGAGCAACAAAUCAAGCACAAGAACGGACUCCCACCGGCUGGGCCAGCGCAUCCAGGACGCCUUGUUGGACGUGGCCGCCCUCUUCCCGGAGGGGGAGCGUCUUAAGCGCAGAGGGUUAGGGGAGGAAGACUCGGGUUAGGGGAGGAGGACUCCGAGCACAGCUGUGGCUCUCUCCCCUGCCUUACCGGGGGCUCCAGGGCCCCCACGACAGCCACUAACUUUUGACGCCUUCCAAAGGGGAGCUGGUCUCCCCAGGAACUAGGGGGAAGGUCUCUGCAGCUGGGCUGGUGCAGGACAGAGGCAGCCUGUCUGGGUUUGGAAAUCCCACAUCCUGACUAAUAAAGAUGUCUAAGCUGGG